AAGGAUCAUCUAGAAAUCAAGAGAAUUGUUCUUGUUCUUGCAACUGUCUCUUAAAUGAGCAGAGAGAAACAGGAGAAGAGAUCAGGUUCCAAUGGGACUGAGAAGGUUCUUGUUGCUGUUAAAGCAUCUAGGGAGAUUUCAAAGACAGCAUUGGUUUGGGCUUUGACUCAUAUUGUUCAUCCUGGAGAUUGCAUUACUCUUAUUGUUGUUGUCACUUCUCACAAUGCUGGUCGAAAGCUAUGGACUUUCCCAAGGUUCGCUGGAGAUUGUGCUACCGGUCAUCGGAAACUGCAUUCUGAUGCAAUUCCUGAGAUAAAGAGUGAUCUCACUGAUACUUGUUCCCAAAUGAUUCUCCAGCUUCAUGAUGUCUAUGAUCCAAACAAGGUUAAUGUCAGGAUCAAGAUUGUUUCUGGAUCACCAUGUGGAGCUGUUGUGGCUGAGGCCAAGAAAUUGCAAGCAAAUUGGGUAGUUCUGGAUAAGCACCUUAAGCAUGAAAAGAAACGGUGCAUAGAUGAGCUACAAUGUAACAUUGUGGCAAUGAAGCGUUCUCAGGCAAAAGUUCUGCGCUUGAACUUGGUCGGGUCACCAACAAAGCAACCAGUAUUGGCAUCUGAAAAAAACAAAAACAAGUUGUUAGAUUCUGUUAAAGCGGUUGUUACAACAACUCCAAUGAGCAGUCCUGAGGUUGAGACAUCAUUCACAGGAACAGAAGUUGGGACUUCAUCAGUUUCUAGCUCUGACCUCGGAGCAUCAUCACCUUUUUUCACAGCUGAAGUGAAAAAGGAUGAAACUUUGGUCAUCCAAGAGAAUGAAUCUGAUUCUGAUUCAGAGAGCGAAAAUCUAUCACUACCUUCCACUAGUAUGAGAUUCCAGCCAUGGAUAUCAGAAUAUCUUGCCACUCAUCGCCUCUCAUUGCAGGAAUCCGAGGAGAGUCUGUGGAAAACUGAUGAUAAGGCUGCUCAAGUAUCCACUAAGAAGGCUUUUCUUGAGAAAAUUUCUAAGCUUGAUGAAGGAGAAGAAUCAGCUACGUCAAGUAAAAGGAAUGACUUGGAGGAGUUUAGUGGAACCUUAAGAGAAACAAUUUCCUUAUCACGAAAUGCUCCUCCUGUUCCUCCUCCUCUAUGUUCUAUUUGUCAGCACAAAGCGCCUGUAUUUGGAAAACCGCCGAGGUUUUUCUCCUACAAAGAGUUAGAGCUUGCAACAAAUGGGUUUUCUCGAGCUAAUUUUUUGGCAGAAGGUGGAUUUGGAUCUGUUCAUAGAGGUGUAUUACCUGAAGGCCAGAUUGUAGCAGUAAAGCAACACAAACUGGCUAGUACACAAGGAGAUGUAGAGUUUUGCUCUGAAGUAGAAGUUUUGAGCUGUGCUCAGCAUAGAAACGUAGUUAUGUUAAUCGGUUUCUGCAUCGAAGAUACCAGAAGACUCUUGGUCUAUGAAUACAUAUGCAAUGGAUCAUUAGACUCUCAUCUAUACGGUCGCCAUAAAGACACUUUGGGAUGGCCUGCAAGGCAAAAAAUUGCGGUUGGAGCGGCUCGAGGUCUUCGAUAUCUUCAUGAAGAGUGUAGAGUGGGUUGCAUUGUUCAUAGAGACAUGAGGCCUAACAAUAUACUAAUCACCCAUGAUUAUGAACCACUGGUUGGUGAUUUUGGUUUAGCGCGAUGGCAGCCUGAUGGAGAGCUCGGUGUAGACACGCGUGUGAUAGGAACUUUCGGAUAUUUAGCUCCAGAAUAUACUCAAAGUGGACAAAUCACAGAGAAAGCUGAUGCAAGAUCUUUAUUAGAAGAGUAUGCGGUUGAUGAAUUGGUUGAUCCGAGGCUCGAGAAGCGAUAUUCAGAAACAGAAGUCAUCUGUAUGAUUCAUACAGCUUCAUUAUGUAUACGUAGAGAUCCACAUCUGCGUCCUCGUAUGUCUCAGGUAAAGAAAAUCACCAUUUCUUGAAACAGAUUCAUAUUUAAAGCCAAGAAAACUCUCUCAAGUGUGUCUGCUUUUUUCUUGUUGCUGAAGGUGUUGCGUUUAUUGGAAGGAGAUAUGGUAAUGAAUGAAAUCUCAGGAA